UUCUUGUUUCUUCUUUUCUUCUAUCACUCAAAUUCAAGAAAAAAUGAAUUUUUUUGAAGAGAAAUUUAGCUAAAAAUGGAGUCAUUAUUCAUCAAAAAUUUGAUAUUUACAACUCAAAUUUCUGUUCCAAAGAGUAAUUCAAUAAACCCAAUUCCUAUAAGAAGGAUUUGUAGCUCUUCUUGGAAAAUUCACUUCAAAAAAUCAGACUUUCAAGAUUUUCGGGACUAUGUAAAACCUUCCCGCCUUUUACCAGCCACUAACGUAAAAUUCUGUGGAGAUUGGUCGCUGGAAACAUUGCUCAAUCAUUCGAAAUUUGAUAGAUCCAAUUCGCUUUACCAAGUCAAGCUGCAAACGAGUAAUGCAUAUGGAUCAGAUCUUACCGAUAUAAACUCUGAAGUCCUGCUUUGUUUGAUAGAUGAAAAUGGUGACUCAAUCUUACAGAGGAUAUCGGCUGGUCUAGAGAACGCUCGUUUUAUGCAGUCACAGGAUUCUGAUCUUCUCCAAUUCCGAAGAGGUUCCGUAGAUGAGUUCAUAUUUGAAGGACCUAAACUUGGAAAACUUGCAGCUGUUUGGAUCAGUCCAGAAUCAGCAGGUCAGUGGAGACUCGGAGGCAUGAACGUAACUGUCAUUUCCCUUCUAAAUUCCGUAUUAAUAGGAAAUGAGAAGAAUUUAUCAGACUGUACUGCCAUCCAGUAUGACUUUGAUAUCGAGGAUGUCUUGCUCGGUGAGAAAAGCGAUAGUUCCAUGAUAGAGUUUAGACCAUGUUCGGUUACUGAGUUUUCCGAGGACAACAUUAUAUCAUUAAGUGAGAAAACCUCGCCAUCAUCUUCCGUUAGUACACAGAACAUAUCAAACGAAGACACAAUGAAGGAAUACACAGAUUUGAAGUUAUCUUUAUUGGUCUACGAUGCAAUCCUUACUAUUGCUGGCUCGUCUAUUGCAUUCUUAGCCGGAGAUAAGUCUGCAAUCGCCUUCUUAACAGGUGGUAUCGUAGGAUUCCUCUAUCUACUACUCGUGCAGAGAUCUGUUGACGGUAUACCAUCUUCAGAACUGACUCAAAGUAACAGAACAGAAACUCUCGAUCAAACCGAUAAAGGAUUCAAAGGCUCAGUGUUGAACAUAGUAUUAGCUCUUGCAGUUACAACCGUUGCAGCAAAAUAUGCUCUCGGAGACGUUGCUAGAGUGCUGACACCUCAAGAUCUCAUGCUUGGAACGAUCGGAUUUCUACUGUCUAAGGUAUCUGUUAUUUUAGCUGCUUUCGUACCGAUAACAGGAGGUUUAAGAGAGAACAAAUGAUACUAUACUCAUUCAUAACAAAACAGAUAGAUGUAUAGAAUCGACGUAUUUGUUUUACACACUUGUUUUUCGAUGUUUCUAUACUUGAGCAGAGAGUCUAUCGGAAACUAGAUUAUAUCUGAUUGUA